UAUUGACUCAUGAGAGUAGUUUCAUUACAUCAAUUAUAAUUAUCUCAUACAAUUCUUUGCAACACUCAUUCGAGCAAUCAUCAGCUAUGGCGGCGCCCAGAAUCAGGCAUAUGGGGCUCACAAUUAUGGAAGAUCCAACGCAUGGAGAAUUGCGUAUUAGAAUGAUCACUAAAGCCAUGACGGGUUCACAGCCCGUCACGGUGUGGGACGUCUCUGACGCCUUCAACGUCAACCCUCAACUCUUUUACUCCUCCCCGGAGAACGCUUCGUCCGAGAUUUCUGUCGUGCUCGCCACCACCUUCGCCGUAAUCCCCGCCUCCGCCCGCAAGAUCGCCCGCGAGAUAGUGAGGUUCGCUCGCCGCUUGAUAUGCAUCGGCGGUGAAGUGCGUUUCGGAUUGUCCUUGUCAAUCAACUUGAAAUGCACCCUCCGUUCUCCGCCGCUGCCGCUUUCCGUUCCGGAAAUAUCGGUGGGGCCAGGGUUGUCGAAAACAGAGGCUUCCCGUUUAAAGAGGAAGAGAUUUAACGGAGAGAAUAAGAGUGAGGCGGAUGCGGAAGUCUGUUCCGUGUGUCUGGGUGAGCACAAGGAAGGCGACGUCAUCACGCCGUUAGGGCCGUCUUGUUCGCAUAGGUUUCACAAUAAAUGCAUCGUUAAGUGGCUGAAGAGAAAGCCGACAUGUCCCGUUUGCCGAUCUACAAUUGUGGUUUAAUUCAUCAAUUAGCAGCAGACUUUUAUCGUUUAGAAGUUUUAAUUACAUCUGAAUUGAAUCGAAUAUGUCAUUUACUAUUAUUGCAUAAUUAUAUUCUACUUCCUAAUUUCAAUGUGGUUAUAAUCAAAUCCUCGAAUAUUGUAUAGAGGGAAUUAGAAC